AUGGCCCUUAAACCUAUAAACUCUAGUGUCCUCUAUGUUGGACUGUUACCUUAUGAUUGGGAUGAAAACAUAAUAAAAAGUGUCGUAGCAAAUUCUGGUAAUAUAGUUGAUGUUAGAUUAGGAUUUGAUUAUGAAGGUAAAAAUAAAGGAUUUUGUUUUGUUGAAUAUCAAACUGUUAGAGAUGCUCAAAGAGCUGCACCUUUAUUAAAUCAAAUUUUAAUAUUUCAACAAAAUGGAAACCCCAAAAGGUUAAAAGUCGAAGGUUCAAAAGAAGGAUUUAAAUCAAAUAAAUUACCAUCAGAAAGUAAAAGAUUACUAAAUAUUACCAAUAUGAAUAUACCAACAAAUGUUAGAUUACCACCAGAAAUGUUAAGUAAUAGUAGAAAUAAUUCACCUUUACCACCACAGCAAAGACAUAUGACCCCACCUCAACAACAAAGAAUAAUGACACCACCCCAACAACAAAAUUUUAAUCCAAACCUAAAUACAAAUAUACCAACAAUGUCACAAGAACCACCAAUGCCAAUAAAAUUUACUCAAGCUUCUAAAAAUUAUCCAUUUGUAUCAACAUUACCCUUCACAAUACCAGAUAAGAUAAAUGAAACAUUAAGUACAGUACAACCAAUACAAUUAAUUGAAUUAAUUGCAAAUAUGAAAAAUGCUUUAAGAACUGAUUCAACAAAAGCUCAAGAAUUUUUUCAAGCAAAUCCAAAUUUUGCAUUAUGUGCUGUACAAGUUUUGUCAUUAAUGGGGUUUGUUGAUGAUGAUGUUAUCAAAAGUAGUAUGGAAUCUGUAUCUUCAUCAAAUACUCCUCAACCAAGUCAUCAACAACCAAGUAUGUAUCAACAACCACAACAACAACAAUAUCAACAAUACAAUAAUUACAAUAAUAAUAUGUAUGGAAACAACUCACCUUACAUGAGAAAUCAACAAACCGUAUCUGGUAGUAGAUGGCCACAUUUCCCAGAAGAAACUCAACAAAAAUUAAUGAGAUUAAAUCCAGAAGAAGCAAAUCAAAUGGCCUCAAUGUUAUCACUUCCUGAAAGUAGUUUUAGAAACCUAAAGGAAGAAGCUAAACAUAAAAUUCAACUGUUUAGAGUUCAAUAUGGUUUACCUAGAUAUAAUGAUAACUAA